GGAAGAGAAAAGAGCUGCGAGGUACUGAGACAGCAGGAAGAAGCCAGACAGAGAGGUGCAGAGCUUGCAGCAGCACUUGACAAACAGAAUCCUAGGAUCCAGAUACACACACAGGAAAAGCCUGGGUCAUAGAUAUAUGCACACAGGAGAAGCCUGGGAUAGGGAAACACACACAGGAGAAGCCUGGGAUACAGAUAAACAUACAGGAGAAGCCUGGGAUACAGAUAAACAUACAGGAGAAGCCUGGGAUACAGAUAAACAUACAGGAGAAGCCUGGGAUACAGGCUGACAGACUAGAAUACUUACAUAGACACAUAGGAUACACAGGAGGCUGGGAUACAUAUACCCACACAGGGGUCAAGUAUACAGAUACACACAGGGGGAGGCUGGGAUACAUAUACCCACACAGGAGGCAAGCAUACAGAUACACACAGGAGGAGGCUGGGAUACAUAUACCCACACAGGAGGAGGCUGGGAUACAUAUACCCACACAGGAGGCAAGCAUACAGAUACACACAGGAGGAGGCUGGGAUACAUAUACCCACACAGGAGGAGGCUGGGAUACAUAUACCCACACAGGAGGCAAGCAUACAGAUACACACAGGAGGAGGCUGGGAUACAUAUACCCACACAGGAGGCAAGCAUACAGAUACACACAGGAGGAGGCUGGGAUACAUAUACCCACACAGGAGGCAAGCAUACAGAUACACACAGGAGGAGGCUGGGAUACAUAUACCCACACAGGAGAAGGCAAACAUACAGAUACACACAGGGGGAGGCCGGGAUACAUAUACCCACACAGGAGGCAAGCAUACAGAUACACACAGGAGGAGGCUGGGAUACAUAUACCCACACAGGAGAAGGCAAACAUACAGAUACACACAGGGGGAGGCCGGGAUACAUAUACCCACACAGGAGGCAAGCAUACAGAUACACACAGGAGGAGGCUGGGAUACAUAUACCCACACAGGAGGCAAGCAUACAGAUACACACAGGAGGAGGCUGGGAUACAUAUACCCACACAGGAGGCAAGCAUACAGAUACACACAGGAGGAGGCUGGGAUACAUAUACCCACACAGGAGAAGGCUGGGAUACAUAUACCCACAGAGGAGAAGGCAAACAUACAGAUACACACAGGAGGCAAGCCUACAGAUACACAUAGGAGGAGGCUGGGAUACAUAUACCCACACAGGAGAAGGCAAACAUACAGAUACACACAGGAGGAGGCUGGGAUACAUAUACCCACACAGGAGAAGGCUGGGAUACAUAUACCCACACAGGGGACAAGUAUACAGAUACACACAGGAGGAGGCUGGGAUAGAGAUACACACACAGGAGAAGGCAUACAGAUACCCACAGAGGAGAAGGCAAACAUACAGAUACACAUAGGAGGAGGCUGGGAUACAUAUACCCACACAGGAGAAGGCAAACAUACAGAUACACACAGGAGGCAAGCCUACAGAUACACACAGGAGGAGGCUGGGAUACAUAUACCCACACUGAGGAGACUGCUGCUCAGUCAGGGGAAAGGAUGCUACAGAGAAGGGAGGCAAAGGAGAGCAUGGAUAAAGCCCUGAGUAGAAUGACUGAAUAAACAAGCAGAGGGUGCAGCAGUAGCACAGAAGCAUCCCGGGCGGGGAAGAGGCAGAAAUAAAGGUAUUAUUAUCAGUGAGGGGGCUGGCACAGCGGACAGGAGAUCCCUAGCAAACAGAAUAGCUGCACAGGCAGCCUGGGGAGGGACACACAAGGGAGUCUGCCUGCUGCUGCUACUGAGGAGCCGCCGAGCGGUUCAGCCCGCAACCUACACUGUCAGCGCGGAGAGAGCGCCCGGCCGGCACCAACAGCCCCCUCCCCGCAGCAGGACACUGAGGCCGAUAGAGAGGGCUCCUUUGUUUAUUUGCCGCAGCAUUGCUGGACUAGUCUAAGGCACAGAGCUGGGGUGAAGCUGGCCAAAGAAGAAGGCACUACAACUGGGUCUUGGCAGAGAAUUGGCCCGGCCCCUGGCUGUGCGACCCUUCGUCCUACUAAAUAUGGGAUCAGAGGCUGGGGGUAUCCCCGGGCUGAGGUGGGGACUGCUGGAGACGAGCCCGGGCUGUGCAGGCUGCUAGGGGCUACGGGAGCGACUGUCCCCCAAGCAGAUUGAGGAUCCGCCGCCUGGGACUCACACUCUGCAAUGGGAUGAAGAUGAGGUGGCACAAGAUGUUCCUGCUGCUUUGCAUGGCUGGCCUGUGUGUGAUCUCUGUACUUCACUUUCUAAAGGCCCUCUCCUAUGUCUCGCUGUCCCGUGAGUUGGUCUCUUUAAGCCCUAAUUUUAUCUCUGGGUUUUUGUGGGAGUCCCGACCUUUGAUUCCCCAAUUCGUGGACAGGGCUGAAGUUGGUACCCAGGUCCUGCGCACUCCGGAAUACUACCAUCCACCUCAGCUUAACAACAACCCACCCAGACCGCCAUCUUCAAUCCAGGGUGAGCACUUGAGAGCAGAGGAUAUGCAUCUUGUUGAUUUUGUCCUUCAGGAAGAUACCACAGAAUAUUUUGUUCAUACCAAGUCAGGUGGUGUAUGCUAUAAGCAAGGAACGAAAUCCCUAGAUCGCACACCUUCUGAGAAACCAGAACGUAGUUCCCACCGUAGGCAAGCACCCGGUGCGCCUCGGCAACAGCAGACACAACAGCGCAGAAAGUGGGUGGAGUGCGUGUGUCUGCCAGGCUGGUAUGGGCCUAGUUGUGGUGUGCCUACAGUUGUUCAACACUCUAACCUUCCCACCAAGGACCGCUUGACACCUCGUUCAAAACCAAGGCGUGUUAUUAAUGCUAUCAACAUAAAUCAUGAAUUUGAUCUGCUUGAGGCACGUUUCCAUGAACUAAAUGGGGUUGUCGAUGUUUUCCUAGUGUGUGAGUCAAACUUUACAGCUUACGGAGAGGCAAGGCCACUUUUAUUCCGUCAGAUGCUUCUUAAUGGCACUUUUGAUUACAUCAAAUCCAAAGUGGUAUAUGUCUAUUUGAACCAUUUUCCAGAGGGUGGUAAACAAGAUGGAUGGAUAGCAGAUGACUACCUUAGAACAUUUCUAACCCGUAAUGGGGUAGGGCGUCUUCGCAACCUGAGAGACGAUGACUUAUUUAUUAUAGAUGAUGCAGAUGAAAUCCCUAGCAGGGAGGGGUUACUGUUCCUUAAACUGUAUGAUGGCUGGACCGAGCCUGUUGCCUUCCACAUGCGCAAGUCACUAUAUGGCUUCUUCUGGAAGCAGCCAGGGACCUUGGAUGUAAUUUCUGCCUGUACUGUGGGAAUGUUACGUUAUGUAUAUGGAAUGGAUGGCAUCCGUUUGCGACGGCGGGAGUACUACACAAUGCCCAACUUUCGACAGUAUGAGAACAAAACUGGUCACAUCUUGGUGCAGUGGUCUGUGGGAAGUCCACUGCACUUUGCAGGGUGGCAUUGCUCUUGGUGCUUCCCACCAGAGGGCAUCUAUUAUAAACUUAUCUCGGCACAAAAUGGGGAUUUCCCUAGAUGGGGGGACUAUGAAGACAAAAGAGACCUCAAUUACAUACGUUGGCUCAUAAAAACAGGUGGUUGGUUUGAUGGGACGAAACAAGAGUACCCACCAGCAGAUCCUCAUGAGCACAUGUAUGCUCCAAAAUAUAUCAUGGAAAAUACCCAACGCUUCAGCUACUUGGUCAAAAACCCCUACAGCAGCUGAGGUGGUUGCACAGGGUAAUAAUACUGGUUACGGUUAAAUAUCAACACCUGUUGAGUAUUCUCAAAAAUGUUUUUCAUAUGUUCCCUCAUUGAUCCACUGGAAAAGGAAAUUGCCACUAACCAGAGAUGAAGGGGAUAAGCGUUACACUGGGUCAUUCUGUGUUCUCUAGUAGGGUCUUGGUCCUUACUGGUUGCUGCCUGUCAGGUUGUGGCUGUGGGCACUGGUUACUCAGGAGACUGAAGGUGGGUUUACAUACCCACUAAACAGAGGUAUUUCAGCAUAGCAGCUUGUUAGUGAUAUCACUUGUAUUGUUCAAGCACCAUUGCAUGUUCACUCAGCUUGCCUUUUACCCCUUGGACUGCAAGAUGAACCAGAAAACAUAUUGUUGGCCUUGGAUAGAUCAGGGAUAGGCAACAACCUGCACUCCCAACUUUUGCAGAGCUACAACUCCCACCAUGCUAGUUUUCCUGGUUGAGACAGUUUAGGAUUUGUAGUUCUCCAACAGCUAGAGGGUCAGUAGUCUGACAUCCCUAGUAAGAUUAAUGCUUAUGCAGCAAGCUUAUGUGUGAAUAUGCAUUUACAAGUUCCUGUUCAUUGAGAUCAUUAUACCAACACAAUGCUAGAAUAACAAGUUAUUUUAUAUGCUUUUGUUUUUUACAAUGAACUAUAGGCCGGUUCUCCAAAUGUAAUCCAGUUUUUGCAGUGUCACCUGAGCUUGGAAAUCCAUAUCAUAAAUUGUACUACAUUACGAGUGCUUCAGAUAGGGGGUAUUCUGCUCUGUUUCUUUGAUCCCAUUAGUGCCAAUGUCUUGAAUCACACCGAGGGUUUGAAGGGAGAUUUGAAGGGAGAAUGCACUUUGUGUUUUGUACACUAUAUAUAUAUAUAUAUAUAUAUAUAUAUAUAUAUAUAUAUAUAAUCUGCACUCAAGCUUGCCUCUUUUUUUUCGGACUCAUUUCGACCCGUUCGUGGGUUAGUAAAUGUGCCCCUAAGUGUAGGUUUUGUGAGUGCCAGCUGCUCCUAUAUGUGUAUAUAUAUAUAUAUAUAUAUAUAUAUAUAUAUAUAUAUAUAUACAAAUUUCAAACUUGCUGUGAAUGCCAAAACUGAAAGUAAUACAAUAUGUGCAUAACAUCCGGCGUGUAAACCACAUACAAAGAGACAGCAAGCAGGUAUGACCUGAGAUAGCUCUGCACAGAAGGCCAGGGACUAAGGCUUCAGUAUAUUUAAGAUUUAAAGAACAUGUUAUAAUGUUUACAGAAUAAAUAUGUAAAUAUUCUGGAGAUCUAGAAUAAAGCAAGUAUUCUUUUUCUCAUUGUGGAGGAUAGAGAUCUCUAUUGCACCAUUCACUUCUCUGUCUUAAAGGGACAAUAAACCAUUUUUGUAUGUA